AUGAGGAACAAUGAUAUGAGUUGGAGAUAUUCUGGAAACAAUACUGUGAUCAACUACGGGCUUCACAAUGAGCAACUGAGUAUCAAUGGUCAUUACAUAGCUAGAGGACUCCUCCAAGGAAAUGGAUCCAAUCAUGAUGAAUUAAUAGUGAUCGAUGAAACAGGCCAAUCAACGAUUACAAUACGUGAUCUUGUUUUCACACACGAAAUCACGUUGGGUACUGAAGAGAGAAACGGAACAGCUUUCUUGACGGUACUGUCUGUCAUUAUGCAAGGAAAUUACUCAUCUAUCAAUGUGGAUUCUGUUGCUGACUCUGGUGACAUGAAUAAUAGAAGAGCCGACAUAUUACGGAUAAUCAAUGAUAGAAGGCAAGAGAUUAUCAAUAAUAUCAGUUCACAACUGAUUCUCAAUUUCACAAACGUAUUUCAAUACUUCUUUCGAAUCUUUGAUGGUGCUCCGGCAGAUUCACUCUUCUGCCGAAAACCUCGGAGUGCUGAUGAAUUGAUUUGAUAUAGCGAAACCAUUCUGAGUAAUGCCUGAAUUAAUUGAAUUAACCUAAUCUGAUGCCCAAAUAAUAUUUUCUUAACUUAAUGAAGUUGAUUCAAAUCAAAUAGAUUCUGAAAUGAAUACAUUGAUGUUGCAUUCUGAUUAUACUCAUUAAUUUAUAUUAUAAUAAUUGAAAUAGAACCAUGC